ACGCGAACUUUCCAUCGCUUUCGGCAUCUGAUGCACUUGCGCGAACCAUCCUUUCGAGCCAGAGAUAUUGGAGGAGCUUGUUGUCGCCAUUAACUCACGCGGAGGUGAAGAAAGUUUCCAUCUUUGGUGGCUUCGCAGUUGUUUUGGAUCCGCCGAAAUCGGCGGUGGAGAAAGGUCGCGGAUUUGGUGGAAGAAAGUUCCGAUUUUUAGGGUUUUUGGAGGCUGCCCGGCGAGGUCGGAGGUGGAGCAAGGAGCCGGGUUGGGUGAUUUGGAGCGGCGGCGAUGUUGCGCUCCUUCGUCAGGCCGCUGGACCGGUGCUUUGGGAGGAUCGGCGGUGGAGAUGGGUUGAUGUGGCAUAUGGACCUGAAACCCCAUUCGUCCGGCGAGUUCUCCAUCGCAGUCGUGCAAGCGAACAGCUCCCUCGAGGACCAGGGUCAGGUGCUGACCUCACCUUCCGCUACCUUCGUCGGCGUCUACGACGGCCACGGCGGCCCCGAGGCUUCUCGCUUUGUUAGCAAUCGCCUCUUCCUCCAUCUCGAUCGGUUUGCUUCGGAGCAAGGCGGCGUAUCCGCGGAGGUGAUCAGGAAAGCCUUCGACGCGACAGAGAAGGAGUUCACGCACCUGGUGAAGCGGUCCUGGCCAUUGCGGCCUCAGAUGGCGUCGGUGGGAUCCUGCUGCCUUGUCGGCGCCAUCACCGGUGACACACUCUUCGUGGCCAAUUUGGGGGAUUCCCGCGCCGUGCUUGGCUGCCGGGCCAUGAACAGGAAGGCCGUGGUGGCCGAGCGGCUGUCGACCGACCACAAUGUUGCCGUGGAGGAAGUCAGGAGGGAGCUCGCCGAGCUGCAUCCUGACGAUAAGCACAUCGUCGUCCACACCCGCGGAGUCUGGCGUAUUAAAGGAAUCAUUCAGGUCUCGAGGUCUAUCGGGGAUGUCUACCUCAAGAUUCCAGGGUUCAGUAGAGAUCCCUUAUUCCAGCAGUUCGUCGCACCUCUUCCCUUAAAGAGACCGGUCAUCACCGCAGAGCCAUCGAUUCAGAUCCGCAAGCUCACGCCGCACGACUUGUUUCUCAUAUUCGCAUCAGAUGGGCUCUGGGAGCAGCUAAGUGACAAAGCUGUAGUAGACAUAGUAUCCAAUAACCCCAGAGCAGGCAUCGCAAAGCGAUUGAUCCACGCAGCCCUAAACGAGGCCGCGAGGAAGCAGGAGAUGAGAUACGAUGAUAUAAGGAAGAUUGAAAAGGGUGGGAGGCGGCACAUUCAUGACGACAUUACAGUGAUAGUGAUCUAUCUCGAUCAGAACCAACAAGGGAGCCAUCCCAAGUUCAGAGGCAGCCAUUAUGACUGCACUGAUACUCCUGCCGACGUCUACUCGUCCAAUUCCGAUGAACUGGAAGAAGUUGUUGGGGGAAUUUGAGGAGAAUGUGCCUGUAAACACUGAUUUCGACAUGCAAAUAAUAGCUGUUUCAGGUAUCUGAACAUUGAACACUAACACAGAGGAUUUAGGGCUUUAGGAAUUCAUGAAAAAACAGAAUGAUUUUAUUCUUUUGAAGAUUAUUUCAUCAAAUAAUUUAUUUCUUUGGUUUUGAUGUUA